GGCCGUGAGCUUCAUCCUGAUCUUGAACUAAAAAAAACAGUCAGUGCUGAUAUAAAGCUCUCUCAUCCCUAUCACAUUCAAGUCAAACAGGGGAUGGAUUUCAAAUCAUAUUAAAAAGAGCCGUCGCUUUAAAACAUACUCAGCAUUUUGGUAACACACGCGUGUCUAUUUAAAACAGUCGAGCAUAGUACGAUUCCAUCUCUAUUCUCGCAGCUCUCGUGGUGGCAAGACUACGAAACGUUGUGCAGAUGGCGCCUAAUAAUGACAAUGGAAAUAAUAUUGGCAAUUCAUCUGUGGAAGAGAGAACCCAGGAUGAGACCGCUUCGCUCACACGAGACACACAGGGCCGUAGGAGAGCUUCUGAUGUGUUAUCAAAAGAGCUGGAGGAGGAAGUUCUUGGUCCCGUCGAAGAUACGCUAUGUGGUCUAGGGUCUCUGAAAGGCGGCUUCUUGCAGCAGCUUGCUCACCCCGGGACAUACUUGGUGAUUUCAAGUGUAGUCGCCCUUGUGCAGGGAAUGUUUUUCACGUAUAGCAAUGCCACCCUAUCUACUAUUGAGAAACGCUUUAGACUCCCUAGUAAAGUUUCAGGAUUUGUGACAACAGGAAAUGAUGUGAUUCAGUUGCUUCUGUCAAUACAUAUCACAUUUGUGGCUGGACGAGGACAUCGACCAAGAUGGCUAGCCUUGGGGAUGUUUUGCGCAGCUUUGGGUUGUUUGUUAGCUGUGAUCCCACACAUUGUUUUUGGUGCUGGUGAUCUCCCUAUUCAGCCUCUAACGGCUGGCCAGUCAGUAACAAGAGAUUCUUUGUUAUGCCAAGCGAGAAAUUCCUCUGACACAUCUUGUGAACAGGGAAAAAAGGCAAUUGGAGUUGAACAGGCUACAGUUGUCACACUACAUCUCAUGGCACAGAUGCUGGCUGGCUUUGCAUCUAUGCUUUACUAUACAGUUGGCUACUCAUAUUUGGAUGAAGCUGUUAGCAAGAAGAAGGUUCCACUUUUCCUUGCUGUAUCAGGUAGUCUCAGAAUCCUGGGUCCAGUGUGUGGAUAUUCCCUGGCGGGAUGGUCUCUCAGUUACUGGGUUGAUCCAGCCUCUCCUCCUGACAUUCCACCUAGACAUCCCAGCUGGAUUGGAGCAUGGUGGAUUGGUUACUUGGUGAUUGGUUCUGCCCUGUUAGUGAUUACUUGGUCUUUACUUCUUCUGCCAAGGAUGUUGCCUGGAGCUAGAAGGAGAGUUCUGCAUACUCUAAGAAAUGCUGCAAUGAAGGGCAAGGACUCCUUAUAUGAGGUUAUCAAAACUCUACGGCCUGCUAAAAGGACAAAGGGUCAAGGAGGUAUAUGGUCAAGUGUGAGAAGGAUCUUGACCAACAAGAUCUACAUGCUAAUCAUAGCUAACCAGGUCCUCUUUUGGUUCGCAUUCUUUGGGUAUAUCACCUUCAAGCCAAAAUAUCUGGAGCACCAGUUCAAGAUGUCUGCAGCAAAGGCUAAUCAGUACAUUGCUGGGGCGGCAAUGGCAGCAACCCUUGUCGGAUGGCUUGGCACAGGUUCUGCUCUUACCUUCUUUAGACCUCGAGCCAAAGUUGUUAUCAUCUUUAUGGCUGCUCUGUCACUUACUAACUGCAUUCUACAUCUGUGCAUGGUGAAUAUAUCUUGUGACCAUAGCACUAUUCAUGGGAUGGAUAUGGUUAUUCAAAUAGGAGAUGAAGCUCCCACAAGAGGUGUCAUUGUAGAAUCGACAAAAAAUGAUAGUUGUUCUUCAGGCUGUGAUUGUUCCCCUAAAUUUUCACCUGUAUGUGUUGAUGGUAUGAAAAACUUCUACAAUCCAUGUUUUGCAGGAUGUACAUCUUCAUCCAAAAGAAAUGGUACCAAGGUGUAUGAAGAUUGUAAAUGUGCAGUAGAUACUCUCAUGCCAUCAUAUACUACAGCUCAAAAGAGUGACACAGGAGAAAAGGUAUUGGAUAAAGUAGAGCCUUCUGUGAAAGAUGGAUACUGUCAGCAUGACUGUCCAACAUUCUACAUGUAUCUUGCCCUCACAGUCCUCACUAAAAUGACGCAUGCUGCCAGCAGGGUGCCUGUCAACCUUAUUCUCUUUAGAUGUGUGGAAGAACGUGACAAAGAUGUCGGGCUUGGUGUGUUUAAUGCAGCGAUUGCCAUGGGUGCUUCCAUACCAGCACCAAUCAUCUUUGGCUGGGCAAUAGAUUAUUCAUGUCGUCUCUGGGAGAACUCAUGUGGGCAGCAAGGUUUCUGUUGGCUGUAUGAUCUUGAGAGCUAUAGGUCUAUUCUCCAUGGCAUUCCUGCAG